AUGCUCAAUAUUGUUUGGGAUUCCGUGGCGAGACGAUCGUCGAAAAAGUCGCGCGGGCUGCUGAAAUAAAUUCAAGCAAAUCACAAAGAAAUAUAUUAUUAGGCAAAGAAAAAAACAACAUUAAUAAUGCCCCUUAAAAAAAAUAAGAUUUAAAUACACAGAACAAACAGGAAUAAAAUACAAAGUAAAUACAUUUAAUUGGUGAUUAAUUAUAUUGUGCACAGUGACAAGAGUGCCAACACAUUUAAUACACACACUGAAAGUGCCAGUAAAUAAAGCUGAAACUAGGCCAACAUUUAAAGCAAAAUAUUACUCAUACGCCACCGGCACUCAUUCAUUCCCCCAUCUCGGUUAUCAGUUCUUUAAGUUAAAUGAGCCCCAUGAGUGGACUGCGUCAACAGCUGAAGAUGCUGGGAACAGCUUUGCUGGGCAAACGAGCCACCAAGUCUGUCAAAAAGAAACCAUUUACUGAGGUGGAAAUCAAAGAUUUACGCACAGCAUUCGAUCUACUAGACAGAAAUCGCGACGGUCGCGUCACCGCCAACGAGCUGCAGUUUAUGCUAAAGAACCUGGGCAUAAAUGUUAGUGACGAACUCAUACACGAUCUCAUACGUGAGGCGAGCCACUCGGGCAAUGGCUUAAUCAACGAGGCCGAGUUCCUGCAGUGGGUGGGCAGGAUCCAGGCGCUGCGGGAUGACCAGCAGUCGCAUGAGGACAGCAAGGACAGCAAGCCGGUGGACGAGGCCGAUGAUGUCACCGAGGACUUGAUAGCCGCAUUUAGAGUAUUCGAUCGGGAUGGUAAUGGGUUUAUAACGCGCGACGAGCUGCAGACCGCCAUGGAGAUGAUUGGGGAGCCCUUGAACGAGCAGCAGCUGGAGCAGCUGCUGGUCAUCGCGGACUUGGAUCAGGAUGGGCGCAUCAAUUACGAGGAAUUUACGAGACUUUUGCUCUAAGCAGAUUUAAGCCCAUUAAGGAGGCAUGGAGUCUACCCCGUAACCCCGAAAAUUUCGAGUGGAAUGCAGCCCGAGUUUCGCCACUUCAGCAUAAUUGUUAAGCUAUUAAGAAUAUACUCAGACAUGCAGAAAAUUAUAAAUGCAACAAAAUGUGCAGAACGUAAUUGUUUGAAAAUUUUAUACAAAACAAAAAAAUAAAACUUAUUUAUACAAGGGUUUGAAAAAAGUGCAAGGCAGGCCACACACACUUACACACACCCAUAAAGUUUUAGUUUCAUCAAACUCCCACACAUACACACACAGACACACACACAACAUAUUCAUAUGUAAAUUAGUUUCAAAGUUUUGUCGAUUGUAAAAAGUGAAUUAUUCAUUUUCCCUAUGAAUUAAGUUAAAUCAGCAUGUGGAAAAUUUAAAUGGGAAACUUUAGACUAAUUUUGCAUGAUUUGCAAAAAGAUUUAAAUCACACAGAGACAGACACACAGAACAUAAACAUAAACAUAUAAAAUGCAUAUUCGGAUAAGUCUGAGCGCGUGAGUGAUAUUGUGUUUAGGGUGCAGCAAAAAUAAAGAGCAGCAGGCAAACGGAGAAAAUUACCAAUAAUAAAUUACAUUAAAAAUAUAUAAAAAAUCGGAGAGGUCAGCAAACUGGAUUCAUAUAUUUGUAUUUUAUUGUAGUUAUGCUGCUUUCAAUGUAUGCGUGUUUCAAAUACCCCAAAACAAACAAAAAUUGUUUCAAAUUUGUUAGAAUAAGGAAAUAAAUGUUAACAAUUUAUAUAAGAAAAAAGAAGAUUUAAUUUCAGUUGGGAUCUUACUGAGUAGAGCUGUCAAAACAUCGAUAUUAAAACAAAUUAUCGAUAAUUUCGAUAUAAUUAUAAAACUAUAACAUUUUUAAGAUUAUAAUAAUAUUACCAAUAUUUUUCUAAAAAAAAAGAUAUUGAUGUUUUCCAGCUCUAUAACUUAGAAAUAAAAACCAGAUAAAUGUUAAUUAAAGCAUAUAUUAUCAAUAACCAACAACCCGAAUGGAACAUUUCAGAGUUCUAAAACAACAUAGUUCAAAAUGUAGUAUUUUUAAAUUUUAAUAAUUUGCUUUUGGUUCUAUUCAAAUUGUUUUUCGAAAUUCAAGUCCAUUGCAUAUUGCCGUCCCAUAGAUAAUUCAACAAGAAAUACAAAUUAAUUUUUUAUAACUAACAACUCAUCGAUUUAAGGCAUUGCGGUUUCAAAAAAUAAGUUUUAAAUUAAAACUUUUAAUUAAUUUCGUAUGCCCUUUUUUGAUACAAAAUUUAGACAAGUUGAACAACAACAGAAAACGACAUUCAAAUAAAAAUAUAUUUAACAAAAGUGCUCUUUUGAAAAAUCAGUGAAACAAGAAUUAAAAUAUAUAUUUACAUUUAAAACAUUUUAUGGAUAAAGUUGGGUAAAGAAAAUAUAAUCAGGUCAAAGGUACAAAAAAUAGCAAAAUGGGUUAAAACAAGGAAAGUAAACAAGCAAACCACAACUUUUGUAUGGUAUUUACAAGAGGACUGCAAAGGCAAGCAAAUUUAAACCUAAUCAAAAA